UCACGUGAUAAAUGUGCUCACCAGUUAAACCAGUGCUGGGGGCUGAGGGGAGUGGGGGGAGGACGGCAGGAGGUAGAGAUGACAAAGGCUUGCGGAAGGCAUGGCCGGCUCUGGACCGACACCACCGUUUCUCCGCAGACAGCAUCCAGCCCAUCUAUGUCGCCUCGGGGGACUCGGUGGAGCUGCCCUGUCCUUCACCGCCUGCCCUGCGCGGGGGCCAGCUCCUAACCUGGUUCCGGAGCCCCGCGGCAAGGUCCUCCACCAUCUUGGUGGCUCAGGUCCAAGUAGACAGGCCGGCCUCCGCCCUCGGGAAACCCGAAAACGAUUCCAGGUUCAAAGUCCUCGGGAACUACUCCUUGUUGCUGGAGGGGUCCCGGGAUGAAGAGGCCGGGAGGUACUGGUGCACAGUGAUGGAUCAGAGCCACAAGUACCAGAACUGGAGGGUGUACGACGUCUCGGUGCUCAAAGGAGCCCAGUUCUCUGUGACGUCUCCGGACGGCCCCUCCUGCUCUGCCCUCCUGUGCUCUGUGGUCCCGGCCAGGCGUCUGGACUCGGUGACCUGGCUAGAGGGGAGGAAUCCCGUGAGAGGACACGCUCAGUACUUUUGGGGCGAUGGCGCUGCCCUGCUCCUGGUGUGUCCUGCGGAGGGCGUUCCUGAAACCAGGGCCCGGAGGCUGCGGAGCAUCCGCUGCCUUCUGCCUCAGAACAAGAGAUUGAGCUUUAGCCUGGCAGCUUCCACAGAACCUCCUCCCGCUGCCUGUGCCUCUCUCCCGAGCUGGGAUGUGUCCUGGAUUCUGGUGCUGUUGUUCACAGCAGGCCAAGGCGUCGCCAUCAUAGCCCUCAGCGCUGUGCUCUGGAGGCGGAGGGCCCGGGGGUCUCAGGACAGAGAACCCCCAGUUCUUCACUUCAAACCUGAAGUCCAGGUCUACGAGAACAUCCACUUGGCCCGCCUUAGCCCGCCCACCCACAAGACCAGGUGAUCUGCUUCCGAAAUCCUGACCUGUGACCCUGGCACCUGCGGAUGUCCCUGAAAAUCUUGGCAAAGGGGCGGGGUUGAGGGCAUGGCUCUCUGUCCUCUUGGCUUCCAACAGCCGCCAUGCUGGAGGGGCCAGGGGUGGCAAAAGGAAGGGAGUAACAUCGUAACAUCGUCCUAUGAAAUGAUAAAACCUACA